CUUUCUCUCCCCUUUUCCCAGGAACAGCCUGAACGAGUAUUUCAAGGACAGCAGGAACGUGAAGAAGCUGAAGGACCCCACCAUGCGUUUCAAGCUGCUCAAGCACACGAGGCUCAACGUGGUGGCUUUUCUGAACGAGCUGCCCAAGACCCAGCACGACGUGAACUCCUUCGUCGUUGACAUCUGUGCCCAGACGAACACGCUGCUCUGCUUCACCGUGCACGGCAUCUUCAAGGAAGUGGACGGCAAAUCCCGGGAUUCUGUGCGGGCCUUCACGCGGAUGUUCAUCGCGGUGCCGGCGGGGAACAGCGGGCUGUGCCUGGUGAACGACGAGCUGUUCGUGCGGGGGGCGAGCCCCGAGGAGCUGCGCAAGGCCUUCGCUCUGCCCGCGCCCACCCCCUCCAGCAGCCCCGUGCCCACCCUGAGCCCCGAGCAGCAGGAGAUGCUGGCGGCCUUCGCCAUGCAGUCGGGCAUGAACCUCGAGUGGUCCCAGAAGUGCCUCCAGGACAACGACUGGGAUUACGGCCAGGCCGGGCAGGUUUUCACCCAGCUCAAGCUGGAAGGGAAGAUUCCAGAGGUUGCAUUUCUCAAGUGAACGUUGGACGUUGGAGAGACCCCCCUCCAAGUUCCCCCCCCCCGGUGUUUUAUCCCCCCCCCC